UUGAACAAUGUGACAAAAUAUACUAUAAAGUUGUAGAGCAAUGGAUUUCUAUAAACACGGAAGUAGUAUUCACUACUCCACACAUUGAUACUUUGUAUCACAUUGGGAGGCAAAUUAAAAAAGUGACGUCAUCAUUGGAAAUGGGCGACCAAGUUGAACUUGUAAACAUUCUUCAGACUGGACAUUUUCAAAGUAGUGAACAUUUUCAAGAUAAUGUAUUGAAUACUAAACUCUCUGAAUUUCAUAAGGCGAGUAGGAAAAGAGAUAAAUUAAUUUCAGCCUUUAUUGUAGUGCAGUUAUUUUGUGUUUUACUAGCAGUAGCUGUCAAUUUCGUGUAUUUGAAUGAUAAUAUAGCAAAAAGUGUGCGGCUAGAAAAGCAGAUACAACAAUGCACAAUGUAUACUUCGAAACUUACAAGUUUAGACAAACAAGAUGAUAAUGGUAUGAAAGACCUAUUAAAGGACGAAAAGGGCUCCAGUGGAUACGCGGGUGCUGACGCUAAUCAAGGUAAUACUGGUGAAAAAGGAGUGAAAGGUGAGAGAGGCGACAAAGGACUUAAAGGACCAAUUGGCGCAUCUGGCAUUAAAGGCGAAAACGAAAACAAAGGUUUAAUAGGAUCAAAAGGUCAAAUUGGAGAUAAACGAACCAUUGGUGAACAGGGUCUAACAGGGAUAAAAGGUCGAAUCGGAGAAAAAGGACCAAUAGGAGAUAAAGGGGUAGCAGGUAAAAAGGGCCCAAAUGGAAAUAACGGAACAGUUGGCGAAAAGGGACCAAUAGGGAUGAAAGGACCAAUGGGAGACAGAGGCUUAGCGGGUGAAAAAGGAACAGUUGGUGAAAAGGGACCAAUAGGGAUGAAAGGACCAACAGGAAUUAAAGGAAUUAUAGGAGAUAAAGGCGUGUCAGGCGAAAAAGGACCACAUGGUGAUAAAGGAACAAAUGGUGAAAAGGGACCAACAGGGAUGAAAGGACCAAUGGGAGAUAAAGGCAAAAAGGGAACAGUUGGAGAUAAAGGCCAAAAUGGUGCAGAAGGUAUAGACGCAGAAAAGGGUUCAGCUGGUGCUAAAGGUAUAGAGGGUCAAAAGGGUUCAAAGGGCGAGAUUGGAUCAUCUGGCAUUAUUGGUCCUACAGGAAACAAAGGUGAAAAUGGCGCAAAGGGAAUCACUGGUGUUAAAGGUCUUAUGGGAGAAAAUGGACUACCUGGCUUAAAAGGGGAACAUGGCGAAAACGGUAUCAAUGGAAACAAGGGAACUACAGGACAGAAAGGUGCUAUUGGCGACAAUGGACAAAAAGGAGCAGGCGGAGAAAAGGGUGCAAUGGGAAAGUCUGGGGAACAAGCUAAGAAAAUUACCUGUGGAUCUGGUUGGGGUCAGUUUAUGGGAAGUUGUUAUAACUUUCAACUGAAUUCAAGAAAGACUUGGAAUGAUGCAAAUACAGACUGUCAGAGGAAAGGAGGAUUCCUUGUAAAAAUUGAGGAUUUUGUUGAGAACUGGUUUUUGAAAUCAUUUGUCAAUGGCGGAAGUGUAUGGAUUGGAGCGCAUGAUUCAACGCGAGAAUCUCGUUUCAUUUGGGUGUCUGACAAUACAUCGGUUACGUUUACUGAUUGGAAUACUGGCCAGCCGGAUAAUUGGAGAAAUGGUGAAGACUGUGUUCAUUUUCAAAGGGGGUCAAGUAAAUGGAAUGACGCUCCUUGUUUGUCGAAAAUGGGAUACAUUUGUGAAAAACAUUGAAUGCAAAAGUUAUGUGAUGCUAUAGCGAGAAAUUAGAUAAAAGAAAGCUGUUUGUUUUGUUUUUGCAUCAUGGUACAUCGGAUAUUUUUUUUGUCUUAUUUUCAAAAGGAUUUUUUUUUCAUCAAUCUCAAACAUCUGAGUUGAGAGGUUUUAUCCGAGGAAAGGCUAUUCGAUUUCUUAUAAUUGCUUAAAUCCUCCUCAUUUAAACUUUGGUUCAUAUGUGUCUCAUUUGCAAUCAAACUAGUUUUGUAUUGUAGUAUAAUAUAUUUUACAUGGAACAGACCCGGUUUCUUUAUUUCUAAAUAAUCUGUUAUUAGACUUUUGUCUACAUGUGUUGACUAUACCCCUACUUAUAGUAAACAUUAAGUUCAUUCAAACAUAUUAAUUAAAAAUAAAUUGUAAAGGACUGAAAAAGUAUCAAACUUUACUUUACAAGACCGUUUGUUUGUGGGAGAAGUCGGUUUCCCGAAGAAAAAAUAUAAAAAACAACGAAGUUUGGGAGUACAAAAAUCCUAGUCGUUGUAAAUCAAAUUGGGGUUAAAAAGCUGGUGUUAAACUGGUUCCGUACUAGCUAUAUUGGUUUGACAGGUUCUGUCCAUUAUUUGAUAAAGUUCUCAAAUAUAAAAUAAAAUCAAAGCCUACAGCUAAAUUGUGUAUAUGAGAAGAGUUUGAGUUGAUGAAUAACCCAGUAUGCAUCGGGAGUCUAUAAGUUUGAACAUAUUUGUCUUACAGAAUGCAGUUAACAUGUAAAUAAUCGGUGUUUGUUGAAAAAAAGCAUAUUGAAGACUCACUAUUGACAUGUCCAGCUCAUACAAACAUAUAUAUGUAUGAAACACCUUUAAUUGGAGUUACUAUUUAUCGAUAUCAUCAUGAAAGUGCGUAUAACCAAAUUAGAUAUAUAAUUGUAGUUACACUUUGACAAUACACUUCAACUACUUUCAUUAAACUUCUCUAUCUCGUUUUAAACUUUAUAAAGUAGAUCCUUUACAAUUUGCACA